GGCGUAUGGUACAUUGCUGGACUGCAGGAGAUCCGCAAGGUAUCACAGUCUAUCGCCGUUCAAAACAAAGCGAGUGGCUUCGAUGUUCUAAACAAGGUUUGCGUCUAAACAACGGUUACAGAUGAAUUCAACUUGGAACAAUUCCUCUCUGGAAGCAACGUCCGAAGCCUCUUCCUUGAGCAGUAGUGUUGGAAACAUAAGCCCCAUUCAGCAAGCUGUUUACUCUGUUGUUUCCACGUUUGCAUUUUUUGGAAACACACUUGUUAUUCUAGUCUUCGUUUGGGAAAAGAAGCUGUUAAAGAAAUCUUACAACAUUUUGAUUCUCUCGCUGGCCAUCGCUGAUGCGUCGAUCGGUAUUUGCUUGGUUACUAACCCUGCUUAUAUCUAUGGUAAUUUGUUUCCCUACCCGGAAAGCCCCGUUCUGGGAGAGAUAUUCUGCCGGUUUAUAUGGAGCCGUUUUCUUCUUUUCCACUUGGUGAUGUUCUCAACAUACAUUUGUCUGGGUUUGUCCGCUGACCGUUGGUUUGCUGUCGUAAAACCUUUCAGUUACUGCAUGACUAUGACCAAGAGAAUGGUUCUUAGCUACAUCCUUGUAUCUUGGGUGUGUUCUCUCGCUACUGUGAGUACGGCCGUUAUUGAAACAGUGUACCUCCCAUCUUCCAGGAGAAUGUGUGAGUAUCGAAUCUUGGCGCCAGGCUCCACCUUUCGUGUCCUACUGGCUGUCUUUCAAAUUACCAUGAUGACCUUCUUCCCUUGCCUCGCCAUGAUUGCGCUCUAUAUCCACAUGGUUGGAAUGGUUAUGACAUCAGCAGUGACGUCACAGGCGAGUAAGGCUAAACUUCGCGGGAAAAUGACACGGAUGAUUGGUUUUAUUUGUUUUGUUUCCACGAUCUGCCUCACACCGAAUCAGAUAACUGCCCUUUUGGUGUUUGCAGGAAAAAUGAGGCCGGACUCUGAAGAACACCACGCUGUGGCAUUUCUUACUUUUGCCACUAGCUGUGUGAAUCCUGUUAUCUACGGACUAAGCAACAAAAACUACCGCCGGAGCUACAAGAAGAUUCUGUUCCUCAUGUGCCCCAGAAUGCUCACCCGAAGGGAAGAGCAAGAAAACGUGAUUGAUAUGGUCAACAGACGGCACAAGGUAGAGCCCACUCCUAACUCUGUAGAUGAAAAUCGGAACACUACGAAAGAAGCAAAGAUAAUGAUUUCGAAUGAACAUUAAAUUGAAGUCCUCAUGAUAAUAAGGUUGAACCAGAAACACGCGGUACUUCUGCUUAGAACUCAGUUGUGUGUCAUUUUAGCGUUCAUGACUUUGUUCAGUCGUUUGUCUUUCUCUCAUCAAUAAUUGUUCAAAGGGGUUGUGGUUAUUGGUGUCCCUUGGUAAGAAUGAAAGUUUCUUAUGAUUGCCAUCGUUUUGUGAAUUUUAUUUUGUCACACACUAACAAGCCUUUGAUAAGCAAAGAGACUUGUUUUUUAACUAAUUGAUCGUAUAAGUAACCAUUACGGAAAUCCAGAGCUAAAAAACCACUCUUACUUGCUUUUUCUCUGUGAAAAUGUAUUGGUUUGACUAGCAACUCAAA